UCCUCUGUGUGCUGCGUAAAACCAAAAAUAAAAACAAGAAAAACGAGAGAGGGACAGAGAGGAGAGGGCUAGAAGAACGUAAGGAGAACGAGAUGUAUCUGAAGAAACCACUGUGGCAAGCAGAGGGUUUGAGCUCUGAAUCUCAGUCUCAAUCCUCAUCUGCGACUUCGGCAGUUGAAGAGUUGGUUAAUUCUCUGAACACGCAGAGAAUUUACAGGGAGGUCACCCUCGCCCUUCGGACAGGGUUGAGAGACGCUCGUGCUGAGUUCUCGUUCCUCCGAGUUCGUGGCCUUCGCAACAUUCUCAAGUUCCUCAGAUCUGUAGCCGAAUCUGACUCGACGAUUUGCCUCUUCUGCCACAGCCAAUCUCUUACAGAACUCCAAGUGGUUCCUGUUCUGUUCCAGAAUUCCUUGAAGCUAUCAAGAGAUGACCAAUUCCCCAAUUUGGAUGAUAUAUUCAGCUUGGAACCCGUGAAGAUAACUAGUCCUUCCACAGACACUGAAAUUGCACUUGCUCUUAGAGUUUUAGAAGGUUGUUGUCUACUCUACCGGGACAAUACAGCUUUGGCUCAUAAACAUAAAGCAAUCAAGGUUCUGAUGAAUAUAUUAUCAACUCGAGGAUUGCUUGUCCAAGGACCCUGCUUGGAUGCUUUAAUCUCUAUAAUGUUAGAUUCUUCAGCCAAUCAGAUGGAUUUUGAGGCAUGUCAUGGUAUUGAGAAAGUUGCAGAGAUUAUUAAAGACAAACAAGUGGAUGAAAAUAUAAGAAUCAAAUGUGGAGAAUUCUUGCUGCUGCUCAUUGGACAUGUAAAUGGUAGGGAAAGGCCUCCCAUGUUGACAAUACAUGAAGAUAUAAGACGACUUCUGGGCGAGAAAACUGCAUCAUUGAUAUGGGCAGCAAGUCAGUUUGGGUCAACCCUUGAUCCAGAUCAGAGGCAGACAGCUCUAUAUAUCCAAGCUCGCAGGGUUCUUGAGUCACUAGAAAUGUACUAAAAUUUUGGGAGGGCCAACAAAACUCCUAGACAUGUUACUCGGUUCCACAGGCAUUUUCUUCACUAGGCCAUAAGCUUCGUAUAUGUUUGAGUGUUGCUUCAAUGUUAUAAUGGCACAUCAAACCAAAAUACUCUUUGUUUAAGUCAACAGAUCCGACAUGAACGGACAGGAAGAGGUCAAUACCUUCCUUA